UGAUCAGCUGUGUCCAAUCACAGCCGAUUGCGAGCUGUCACGUUGACAGCUCGAGAGGAGAGGAGAGCCGGUAAUCGGCAUUCCUCAGAGGGGACAUGUGCACUGAUCAUCAGGGCACUGAUGAUCAGUGUGCCCUGAUGAUCAGUGUAGCCCCAGCAGUGCCACCUGUCAGUGUCCAUCAGUGCCAGCUCUCAGUGCUCAUCCAUGCCACCUGCCAGUGCCUACCAGUGCACAUCAAUGCCACAUAUCAAUGCCCAUCUGAGCUGCCUUACAGUGUCACCCAUCAGUGCCAGCCAGUGCCACCUAUCAAGGAAAAUCAGUGCCACCUAUCAGUGCUGCCAAUCAGUGCCACCUAUCAGUGCCAGUCAGUGCCACCUAUCAGUGCCGCCUAUCAGUGCCAGUCAGUGCCGCCUAACAGUGCCAGUCAGUGCCACCUAACAGUGCCAGUCAGUGCCGCCUAUCAGUGCCGCCUAUCAGUG